CAUCACAUACUCUUUUGAAAGUGAGAAAAGCACACUACAAAGUUGUUUAAGACAGAAAAACCAUGAAAUCACAGACAACUCUCAUAUGCAUGUUCAUGCUCUCCCUCUUUGCUUUACAUCAGUGCGCGAGAAUGGAUGUUGGAGAAAUAGAGAAAUCAAACAACAAAAUCAUAUUAGGAAUGUGUCUGCAUCGCGCAUGUCACAGUUGGUUUACAAAAGAUUGUUUUUGUUGUUUGAGAGAUAUAAAAAAGUGCUGGAAAGAGAUGGCUCAAUGUGAAUCCAAUUGUCCUCCUUUGAAAUAUUAAUGUAAAUGUAUGAUUUUUUUAAAUAAUUGAAAUCUCAUGUACUUAAAUGUUGUUGUUCACCGCCUGGGGAUAAUAAAACUAUAUAUUAAAGUAAAAUAAAUGAAUUUUACCUAAA